AGAAAGACAAGUUUAGGUUAAAUUCAAAGGCUGAAGCAGGUCACCGUUGAUGAAACCAAACAAUGACUACUGCACAGUGCAAUUUUGUAAAUGUGUUUUUUAUUGCUUGCGCCGCCGUGCUGAUGGUUACCUACUUAUAUGUCUAUAAUAAUCUAAUAACAACAAACAUCCAGUUUAAGAAAGGAAACGAGAAAGUAGCUGUUGCUCAUGGUCCAGAUUACGAUGAUGAAAAGAUUGAUAUGUUUGUGGAGGAAGAGCAGAUUAGAAGAGCAUCCUUACUUGCAAAGUAUUGCAAGAGCAAUGGAUCUUUACAUGCGAACUCCCUGAAGACUUUUUAUUUCGUCGUUUACGAUAAGAAGAAAAUAAUAUACUGUCGCACUGGAAAGACGGGAAGCACAACAACAUCAAGACUGCUGUACAAUUUGGAAAAUGGGGUCAAUUUAAACGCAGGUGCAAUGAAGACGUCUGAUAGCCUCUCCAAACCUAGAUUGUUAAAUUCGUAUACUGAGGAAGAAAUAGCUCUGCGUUUGUCGACGUAUUUUACUCUUCUGGUCACGAGAAAUCCAAUAGAAAGGUUGGCAUCGGCUUGGAUGAGUAGAUUUCUAAGCAACCCUCAUCUUCGAUACAACGAACAGUACCGAAGUAUGCUUCAGACGAUUUCUUCAAAGGAAUCCAACGUAGUGAAAGAGACUAAAGGAGAUAAUAUGACCAAACAAAUACCGUUUUUGGCCUUUGUAAGAGCAGCGACUGACAAUAAAAAAAAGUGGGAGAAUCGACACUGGAUUCCUGUUUCUGAUGCCUGCAGUCCUUGCAAGGUUCCCUAUGACUUCAUCGCACAUACAGAGACGUUAGCUGACGACCUACGUCUCUUUCUCCGAAAGGUUGGAGUCACAAAUCGGGAUCAUAUUCUACCACGGACAAAACAAAGGGCUGCAGCAGAAAAUCUCCCGAACAUCUACGGAUUUAUUCCGAUGGAAGACGUAAAAAGAGUUAUAAGAAAGUUUAAGUCAGACUUUGAAAUGUUUGGAUAUUCCUAUGAAGAAAAAUUUUUAGAGAUUUUAAAAACUUAGCUAAAAAUUCAGACGUCUUAACACCCUUUAAUUGUGUGUAAAAUUGUAGAUUAGGCCACAGCAAGUAUAAAGUAUAAGUUAAAUCAGUGGGCAUUGGUUUCGCCCGAUUUCGGGAAAAUAAAACAAGAAAUUUGUCCCCCUUCGUCUCUGGUUAACACGCCAAAAAUGGAAAAAAUAUGUCGUAAAUGUCUGUCAUCAGAUAAGUCACUAAUACUUUUAUACAGUUGUGCAUUUCGUUGUUGAUGAUGAUGAUGGUGAUGUGUAUUUCGUACUUUUUAUUUGUGUCAGACCAGCUGUACUCCGAAUCAAAGUAUUUUGGGGAAAUUUUAAAACUUGUUUUAGAGAUAAAUGGAUGUUGUAACACACACACAGAGAGAGAGAGAGAGAGAGAGAGAGAGAGAUGUGGAUUUCGUAAAGGUAGAUAAAAGGUUGCGAUUCUCAAAGACCCACACACUUCGAGGAUGCGUCUUCUCCAGCGGCACUAUAUCGAGGGAGACGUGCUGGAAGUUGUGGUAGUGUAAUAUAGGUGGAGUAUGACCUCUAGGCAGUUCAAUUUUUGAGCCACUGUGGCAGUGAUUUCCCAUGCGAUCUGGUAGAUAGUCCCUAAUUUUGAGUUUAUGGAUCAAUAAAACAAGUGGCACAAUUUCUUCUUCUUUGAUGGCAAGCAGCUGCUACAACCGGCACUUUUGUACAACUACUGUAUGUGAUGUCUACACAUCUACAAAGGCAAUUGAUAAAACAUCUAAAGGACAGGUGAUAACACAUAUACAAGGAUAUUAUUGA